GAAUCCCCGGUAUUACGGAUUACGGAUUACGGACCAUGCUUCCUAUAAAAUUAAGAAUCCCUGGUAUUAAGGGUUGCACCUCGCACUCUCUUACAAUCUUUUCAACUUUACCUUAAGGUUCAGCCUAGAAGAGCGUCAGCUGCAACCUUGAAUGGCUAAAGUGCAACUCAGUUUGGGCCUUUUGGCUUCAUCUUUGAGUUUUAGGCAUCUUCUUGUUGCUAGAGUGGUUCAAUUAUGGUUGUUCAAUUAUGGAAUUGGCAUUCACUUGCUUCAGUGCAACUCACCAGACGAUGUCCCCGAGAAGAAAGAAGUAAUCAAUCCAAAGGACAACCACAUUUCGUUCCAGUGUUCAGACAUGCGACUGGUAAUGAAGAAACUGGAGAAGGUGAACAUUGAUUAUGUCACUGCAGUGGUUGAAGAUAGUGGAAUUAAGGUGGACCAGCUCUUCUUCCACGAUCCUGAUGGAUAUAUGGUUGAAAUCUGCAACUGUGACAAUCUCCCUGUUCUUCCACUUUACUCAUGCCCUCUGAAGCUCCCUUACCCAAGCAAAGACAACCACAUCCUUCCUCUCUCUGGGAAUGGAUUGCAGAAGAGCUGCGCUGCAGAAGCCACCUUCAUGGACUACUUUUUUUAUCUCUCUUUCUAAUACCUUUGUUGCAGAGAUGUCACAGUGAAAGCAACAGCAGGAAAACUUGGUUGAAAACACUUGGCCAAAUUCUCAGUGAUAAGCUGCAGAAGAUGUAAUCUGAAAGCAUGCUCUCUUUUUUAUUUUCCUUUAAUUUUUCCCUCAUUAUCUUGUAUACGGUGUAUAAUACUAAAAGCAGGGACAGGAUCUUGAGAUUGAUUUUCUUUGCUUCCUUGUGUUGGGGAUUGGGUUUGAGAAUCUGUGUGUUGUUGUAUCAGUCUUCUUUGAAUUACCAAAUAUAAUAAGAGGCAUUAAUUCCCUC